AUGGGACUGCUGAGUAUUCUCAAGAAAGUCAAGGAAAAAGAGAAAGAAAUCCGUGUUCUUAUGCUAGGCCUGGACAACGCCGGUAAGACGACAAUCUUGAAGAAGUUUAUGGGUCAAGACAUUACAGAAAUUUCUCCUACUUUGGGAUUUGAUAUCCAGACUCUUGAGUACAAGGACUUUAAGUUAAAUGUAUGGGACGUUGGUGGCCAGCAGACAAUUCGAUCAUAUUGGAGAAACUACUUUGAGCAGACGGAUGGCCUCGUGUGGGUGGUGGACAGCGCUGACCGGCGAAGACUUGAGGAUUGCAAGCGCGAACUUGCAAAUUUGCUGACUCAAGAGAAACUAGCGGGUGCAACGCUACUGAUCUUUGCCAACAAACAAGAUUUACCAGGAGCUCUUCCUUCGGCAGAGAUUGCAGACGCAUUAGGUCUGCACUCAGCUCAGUUUUCUAGUCGACACUGGAGUAUCAUCUCUUGCAGUGCCGUUACUGGCGCUGGUCUCGUUGAUGGCAUUGACUGGCUUGUUGGUGAUAUUGCGAGUCGUAUAUUCCUUAUGGAGUAG